GUCUGUGCUGUGAUUGGCCGCGUCCCGGGAUGAUCAUGUCAUUACUUCAUUGAUUCAGUCAGUGAAGGAUUGAGAUUUGAGUUUAAGAAAUUGCGUUUUCUGUUUAUUUUUCUAUUUAUUUGAUGGACAACAUUUGGCUAGAAAUGUUAUCCUAAUAUAUUAACGGCAGGAACAUGUUUUGAUUUCAAUUUGUGUCUUUAUUCGUAUAUAAAUAAUGUGGCGAUUGUGUUUUUGUUGUACCUUUAUUUUGUCACUGUAUACGAGUUUUGUUGUUGAAUCUAAACAAGAUUUUUAUCAGAAAUGUAAAGAAAAUAUAACAAAGACGCUCAGUUGUAGUACCCAGUUUGCUGAAUCAGACGUUGCACCAGAUGCAGAUGUCUGCAAGGUCCUGCUGUCGAAGCCCUUGAACAACUCGGAAUGUCGUGAGAUGAGUUUUGGCCCAUUUCAGUCGGACAAGCUGUUCAAUGCGGGCAUCGGAGGAGUCAGUCUCAGACCCUAUAUACUAGACAACCAAGGAAGCAGCUUCAAUUUCACCGUAUUGAAUAUUACCUUCACCAGUAUUAAGUGGAAAACGAUGAAGUUUCGCUUCCACGAUCCCAGUCGUCCAAACAGCUACCAUUGCCGGAACAUAGAAAUCAGUAAAGACGCAGCUAUAGACGAACGGUCCGUGUUGUACUACGACUGCUACUGGUCUAUAACCGAUGGGGACUACAAUGGCACAAGCCAUUACCUGGACUUUGAGGCUUCAACAGAUUAUAGUACUAACCGUGGCCAGUAUUUCUUCAAUAUACCCAAUAUGCAGAUGCUUAGCACAAAAGUAUCGGAAAACGAGUGGAAGCCGUUCCUUUACAUAGAGAUACUGUCAACCGUGUUACGCCUUCACAUAAUGCCGCCGCCAUCACAACUAUCGAUCAGAGGUUACAAGAUCGAAGUGAGAAAAGGCUGCCUUAAAGGCAAAACCGAUUGUAUGGAAGAGGUUGUCAAAACUGCCAAUUUGACCAUACUGGAUCGUAACGAGGAAGUUACAUACGACUAUUGCUUUAUCAGAAGUCCUGGUUCUCAUUAUUUCGUGGUGACUCCGUUGCAUGAGCAGUGUAAUGGUUUAAAGGGCAGAUGUCAAGCGGUGGCGAGCCCGAAGAUUGAUAUCACAACCGAUGAACACAAAACACUAAACAUCUGCAUAGCGAGCGUAACGGCUCUGGUAGUGGCAUCUCUUUUCGCGUACUAUCUCGCUCUGCGGUAUAUAAGAAGGUAUUGGUGCAAAGACUACCGAUUGGCUGGAGGCUACAUAAUCCCACCACCGACAAAAGUGCUCGUAAUAUACCCCAACGGAAAUCGCUUACACGCAGAAUGCGUCGCUUCCUUCGUCAGCUACCUACGCUCCGAAUACGGCUAUGACGUCAUGUACGACGCGGACAUAAACAAUACAAAUCAUAGAGACCCAUUCAUCUGGGCACAAGAGGCAUUCUCUCUCGCGUCCCAUAUAAUAUACAUCGUCGGGCCCAAUGAAGAGAAUAACCAAUACGGAAAUAUUUAUGAGAAACAAAUAAUACCCGCACAUAGGAACGUUGAUAUCUUGCUAUUGUCUAUGGUCAAGGCGCUACGCUCCACGAGAAGUUCAAAACACAUUUCGAAUAUAAAAUUCGAACAUUCGAACGGACAAAUGCCGAUCGAAACGAAACAUUGCAAAACCUUUUACUUGUUAAAAGAUUGGAACAAAAUGAUCACAUAUUUGUCCAAAGAUUUGAUACCAGCGAAACAGCUGUCCCGCACGGAGAAAGGUAAGUGCUUUAUUGACGAUUUGAAUAGGGCGAAGAAAUUGUUAAACGGGAACAUUGAUGAUGUUAUAGUUAGAUGCGAAAAGAAUUCGUUUGAGAAGAAAAUUUUGGUGUAAAUUUUUGAUACGAUUCAAUAUGGGGAUUAAGUAUUUUUGUGGCAUUUUUUAUAUUGUACUGCCCUAUGCCAGAAGGGAAGGAUAUAGUGUGAUGGCACUACAGUCAAUAAAGAUUUUUUGGAAGGAAGGGGAGGCCUAUGCCCAGCAGUGGGACACAACUACAGGAAAAAAAAAAGUCACAGAUUAUUUAAAACUAGCUGCGCCCCGGGCUUCGCUCCCGUGGAUAUUUCGGGAUAAAAAGUACCGUAUGUGUUAUACCAGGUUAUUUUCUACCCAUCUACCAAUUUUCAUAUCAAUCGGUCCAGUAGAUAAACAAACUUAUUUUCGCAUUUAUAAUAUUAGUUGGGAUUGGGAUAUAAAAAUUAAUGUCUAUGCAUGAAUAUGUCUACGGUAUGAGUUUAUAGAUUGAUAGUAGUGAGGUAUAUUUGAGAAAUUGUGCCCCAAACAUACUUAAUCUCCUUAUGAUGUUGAAUAAAAAUUGUUAAAUGGUUAAAAAGUGUUGAGAGAACUUUGAUUUGACAAACUGUUUUCAUGAAACAAGGAUUGUUAUUUAACCAACAAAAAGUUAUAUAACAAUGAAAUAUGGAGCUAUUUUUAUGAGUUUUGUAAUAAUAUGAAGACCUGUUUUCAUUCAUUCAUUAGGUUGUACAGUCAACCCCCCAAGUAAUCUUGCAUUGUAUGAACUUUAUGCGGAGGCAAUAGCGUCGAUUUUGCAAUGAUUUUGAAUAGCUUUUUAUGCUGUUGACUGUACAAACGUAACGUGUCGAAUCCAAGUCACGUGUCAACAAUCGAAUUUCGCAUUUCUCAUCAUACGUAUUUUUCUAAAUCAAAUCUCCCGAUAUAUUAUUUUAAUUUGUAUAUUUGGUUCUUUAGUUAUUUUUGUUUUUAUAAGUCCACUUGUCUCACAGACCGAAUGUGUCUAAUGUUGGCUCCACACUAUCAACGAACUCUGAUAGAUGCCGAUGCGUAUGUAUGAACAUUGCAUAAUUUGUAUGAGUGCUCUUAUUUACCACAUUGAUAAAUUAGUAAUGUAUACUGAAUCCACCAAACUUUGGCGAACUGUUCGCGGAUAGUGUGGAACCGGUAUAAAAUUUGUGAAAACCUGUAAGGAUUAAUUUUAAUUUCUCUGAUUAGGUUUAGGAUGUGGUUUGGUUUUUUACGUUUAAAAUCAAAAUUAGGACAUUUUAUUAUAGUAUCUACAUCAUAUGUUUAAAAAUUGUUUUAUUAAUUUAUAUACUGUAUUAAGUUGCUACUUUUGAUUGUCAAAAAUUGUUUGUUCAUAAUGUUUUUGAUUAACUUAUUUUUUUUUAUAGGAAUAUCUUAAAAUUACUCUUUAUUGUGUGCAUUAUAUUCUUCUAAUCCAUUGACCUUAAUCCUGUUUUGUCCUGGACUGGUCAAUUAAACUUAAAACGUUGUAUUAAAGUUGUAUUUUUGAUGUAUUUAGGAACUAAGUCUACAGUGUGUUCCCUUCGUGCUUUGGGACCAUCGGUGGUGGGUGAUAUAAAGACAUUUUAGGCACUGGCCACUAUUUUUCUUCCAAAAAAAAAAAACAGAAUACAAGUCUACUGUUGUUCUGUUUAAAAAUUCAGUACUCAUAUAAAUAGAAAAGGAGUUUUGAAAACAAUUGAUUUGUUUGAAAAAACUCAUGGCUCUCCUGAAAGACAUCGUAUAAAAUCGUCAAAUAAUUCAGAAACUUUUAUCAUCCAUCGGCCAAUUUUUGGUGUAGUAUUCUGGAGAUAAGGUACCUUAGACUUUAUUUAGUUUUACUUCACUAAUGUGUCUUGUAUAUCUUAAAACAUAACACUUAAUUUUAUUAUCAUUCGUGCAUAUACUUCUAUCAUAAUUCCACGUCACUGUUGAUAUGUGGGAUUGUGGUUUUAUUGGAAAAUUGGUUUUAUAAACCUAGGAAUCGUCACAGCGAAAUGAACUUUGUGAUCUACGUGAUAAAGUGCAAUAUCGAUCACAUUGAUUACUCGAAUCUUUCUGAAAUGGCGUAGAAGUGAUCGUUUCCAAAAUGGUCAUAAUAAGGUUAACUAUUACUAGAAUAUCGGAUUUUGCACUUUAUUAUAAAGCUCAUAGAGUGUAUUAUUUAGUGUUCUUAAAUAAAUAAAUCAAUCAUUUUUACUUCUUUCGGUCUACGACGACCAAAACUGACUGCUGACUGCUUCAGAUCUUAACUUUUUUUCUUCAAUGCCGUUUUGCUGUUUCCCUUCAUUUCAACGGAUGUUCAUUGUUCUGAGUGGUUCUUGACAAUUGUCAGUCGCAUAGAAGAUCGGUCAGGGCGUCGCUGCUGUUGAACAAGAAAAUAAUAUUUCAAAAAGACUCGAUGGUUUCUAAUAUUGAUUACCUAGCACGUAUACGCACGUAGUAUUAUGAAAAGGUGAUCCCGGAUUCCCAUACUCCUCAUCCGUAAGGAAGGCCAGUGACCCAGCAGUGGGAACAUUAAAAUUCCGGGUAAAAAUUUGAAUUAUAUCCCAGUUAGAAGUUUAACAUGUCUGUAUAUGUAUAUCUGUCCGUGGCAUCGUAACAGACAGACGGCUGAACCGAUUGUGAUCUAGUGUUACUAAAGGUAAUUUAAUCAAGAGUGUUCUUAGCUAUGUUUGGAAAAUGUGCGUUCAUCCAUAUGGAAAUCAGCUUUUUUCUAGUAGAUAAGGUGAUAUCAGCAACUUCGGUGGGGGGUUUUUUAAAUGUACAAUUUAGUGUUUAUAUACGUCUGUAAUGAAUGAAGAACAAAACGGAAGCAGUAAAAUCGUGAGUGAUCACAUUAUGAGAUUACUAUAACAUUCCUUCGUUUUAACUUUUCUUCUUGGAUGUGCCAUAACAAGUCUUUUAUGGGUGUAUUAUAUAUAUAUCAGUAUAUGGCUAUUUAGUUUGCAAAUGAGGGCCGUGUUUUUUUAAUAUUUGAUUAUUUUCGUUGUCAACAAGAUUUGUUACAUUUUAGUGUUGUCUCUGCCACCCAGUAUAUUCGCCAUUGAGAAUUGAUUUUUUAAGAUUUGCUAAAUAAGUAGCUGUAUACGUUUUAAUUUUCUUUUCUAUGGCUAAAUAAUUAGUAAUUAAUUUUACAUUUUAGAAUUUUGCCUUUUAAAUGAUCAUUGAAAAGUUAUAUGUCUUUUCUUCUAUUUCAAUCGCUAGGUAAGUCUUAUAUGUUAUGUAGUAAGGUGUUAAUGGUGUAUAUUGGAUAUCAAUCUUACAUUAAAGCCAUGUUAAGUACCUUAUAUUUUCCUAAAGCAGUGGCCAAAAUUGAACCUUAAAAUGUAGCAUUAAGGUUAAAAUUUCUACUGCUUUAAGAGGGGUAAAGUAUGAUGAAAUAUAUAUUUUAAUAUCACCGAGUUAUUUAGCCAGUUUGUAAAAUUAAGAUGUCUAUUGUUGAUCUCAAAACCUUUGAAGUGUGUUCUAUUGUAUCGUAUUACAGGAACUUCAAUUAUUAAGCUCAAUAUGUAUCUUGUGAUGUAUUUUUGUAAUAAAGUCAUACAUAUUGCA